CCAGCGUCGCGCCGCUCUCGCUGUCAGUUUCGGGGAGUAUUUUAAUAGCUUUACUUCGUUUGUAUUCAUUUGGUCCCAGGACAGCAGCCGUCCGAUAUGUUGGUCAAGUGUUUGGCGUUAAUUGCCAUACUGGUGUACGUGGUACCUGCUCAAGCUGGCGUGGUGAAUCCGAAGGCCUUGCGGCCACCAUCAUGCGGUCGCAGCAUGGUGCCACGUAUCGUACCUUUCGUGAUAGGUGGUGAAAAGUCAAAACCAGGUGACUGGCCGUGGAUGGCCGCGUUGAAAUACACUUUCCCACCAAAAUUCAAGUGCGGAGGUUCCCUGAUAUCAUCGAGGCACGUUAUCACAGCUGCUCACUGUAUAUUAGGGAACGAGCCUGUCAUGGUUCGGAUGGGCGUCGUGGAAUUGGAAAAAGAUGGCAACAGACCUAUCGACGUUGAGGUCGAAGAGAGAAUAGUUCAUCCUGAUUACGAUGUGAAGCAGACCUUGAAUGAUAUCGCCAUUCUCAAACUGAAGGAUGAGGUCACAUUUACUGACUAUCUGCACCCCGUUUGUCUCCCGCUGGACAACUCGCUUAACAGCGAUAGAUUGGACGGUGAAAUGGUUACCGUUGCUGGCUGGGGUAGUGUGUACGUAGGUGGACCAAUGAACAAUGAGCUCAUGCAUGUGAAGCUUCCUGUAGUAAAUAUCGACAAGUGCAAAGAGGAUUAUAAACCCCAUCCACUGCUGGUGGUCAACGAUAAAAUGAUGUGCGCUGGAUUGGAGAAGGGAGGAAAAGACUCUUGCCAGGGUGAUAGCGGAGGACCUCUGAUGUACACCAAUGACACAGAUUACUAUGUGGUCGGCGUUGUUAGUUUCGGGUGGGAAUGCGCUGACCCCAACUAUCCAGGUGUCUACACCAGAGUUGCAGAUCAUCUGGACUUCAUUAAUACGUCGAUGGAAAAAUGAUCGAUGAAGCUCGAAUCGUUUUUAUAAAGUUAGUUCAUACGACAGAUUGUUUCGAACGAUGAAAAUAAAUAAAAUCUGGAAAGGA